UUCAGUUUGUCUUUGAUUUCAAGACACUGUCAUACCAUAUAAAAAGCCAUCAAUAUUUUUUCUACUCUCAGAAACUCUUAUGAAUAUAAAAUAAACAGGAUGAAAUAAAUAUACAAAUAUUUACCACUUCCGAGAGCGUUUGACAUCAGAGAUUAUGUGAAAAAGUGAUUCACAAUGCGUAGGUACCUCCAGACCUUGAGUCGGAUGCUGUACUUGCGCUCCAAACCAAAACCCAACAUGAAGCCCCAUAUUAAUUCCAUGAUAACAUCAACACCUCAAUUGAAAGAACUGCAACCACAUGAACGAAUGCAAGCUCGUGUCGAGAAACCAAUAGAUGACCACCAGAAGAGCGGAAAGAGUGAACCUAAGAAAACGGAGUACCAGUCAACUUUUGACCAGCUGUUCCGUAGUCUCACUAGGACUGCCUAUAGACCAAACAACAAAGUGUCCAUCAUAGGUGCCGGGGACACAGGCAUGGCGGCUGUUUUUUCUUUGCUUACGAAGGGAAUCACGAACGAUAUUAGUAUUAUUGAUUUUAAUGAUGAAAAAUUGAAAGGAGAACUUAUGGAUUUGCAGUUUGGAUCCAAAUUUCUUCCUAAUGUGAGACUUCGAGCGGGCAAAGAUUUUGCUAUAUCAUCAGACUCUAAGAUAUGUGUCCUAGCACCCUGCUGUACUAGCGUUCAUGAUGACGAAAACGUAGAUCAAGUUCAAGUUAAUGCAGAGGUCCUGAAGGCAGUUAUUCCCCAGUUACUGAAGUACAGUCCAAAUACCAUCCUCUUGGUGGCGAUCGACCCUGUGGAUAUGUUCUCGUAUUUGGCGUGGCAAAUAAGUGAACUCCCCAAGGGACGCGUCAUCGGCACUGGGACCAACUUGUAUACAGCCACGUUCCAGUACCUUUUGGCUGAUCGGCUUGGCCUCUCACCGUCCGCUUGUCACGGGUAUAUCAUCGGAGAGAAUGGUUACAGUUGUGUGCCGGUGUGGUCGGGCGUGACGGCGGGUGGGGUACAUCUGCAGCGGUUGAAUCCAGACAUUGGCACCGAAAACGACCCCGAGAAUUGGGCGGAGCUCCAUCGCCAGGUGUUAUUAGGAGAACAAGAGGUGCGCGACCACAAAGGAGGCAACUCCUGGGCCACAGCGUUGUCUAUAGCUGAUAUCUGCGCGUCGGUACUUUAUGACAAGAAUUGCGUACGACCUCUCUCUACCUAUGUAAAGGGAGAGUACAAUAUAAACGACGAAGUGUUCCUGUCAGUCCCCUGCGUAGUCGGAGGUGCUGGAGUGACCGACAUCGUCCGCCUUCCCCUGUCGCCCACAGAAAUUACCCAGCUACAGCGAUCCGCAGACAUUAUAAAGAUAGAUCAAAACAGAAUGAAGAUUGUCCAAUGAAAACUGAAUCACUUUGGUUGAUAACGACAAAACGCAAAUUUUUAAAAUCGAUGGAAAAUAGCACUUAGGGGUAAUAGUAAUGACGCUUAAUCUAUGCAAGUAUAAGUAAGUAAGUAAGUAGGAUGUAUACAUAUCACAUGAAUUUUAAUUGUGCAGAUUAUUUAUGUCACUGUAUAUUCAAUGAAGAUUUUUUCUUCUCGGCUUUGGAUUUCUCCCAUUUUUCUGGUAGAUUACCGAGAUUUCUAUUUUCUUUCAUAUAAAAAAUACUAUUUUUACCUUACAUUAGUGGUUAUGUACAAACUUUACUAAGUUGUGCAUAAUGAUCACGAGUUUAAAACUAUCUAGGUAGUCUUAAUUGUUUGCAAUUAAAUCACCUGGUCGUAUGUAGGUUUACGGUUCCAUUAUUCAAAUAACUACAUGCCUGCUAUGAAACUAUUAUGCAGUGAGGCGAUAUAUAUAAGUAGGUUACAUUGUUUAAUAGCCUAAGAUAUUGGUAGUCUGUUACUUUUUGGCGCUAAUAGCUCCAUCUCUAUCUUAUUAGUGUGGAAACUCCGUUUUCACAUUCGUGUUAAGGCAAGCCUUCAAAACUUGGUCCAGAACUCAUAACUUUUUAGAAAAAAUGUAUAAAAUUAAAAAGCUCCACUGCUUAUUGUAUAAAUUUUGACGUUUUGUCGUUAUGUAUUACUUACACGUUGUCUCUUGUCAAACGCUACAUUAAUUCUGCAUAAAUUAUUUUGGUAUACUUCCAGUACUUUUAAGUAUUUAAAAAAGCUGUUCAAAAUGCGGACAUUUCCCGAAGUUCAUUAAAAUUAUAAAUUUCAACUUUUUAAUCGUUUUAUU